GUUCCCGGUCAGGCGCUCCGCAGACAGCUAAACCCCGCUCUGUGUGUGACGUGUAGGACCUCCUCCUCCGACACACAGCAGCGGUAAUGGCGGACUUCGAUAGCUACGAGGAGCGGGACCGGGCCUACGGCAGCUUCGGCGGCGGCAGAGGACCCCGUGGAGGCGGCGGCGGCGGCUCCGGAGGCCCCAGGAAGCAGAAGGAGCUGCCGUCAGAGCCCCCGUUCACGGCGUACGUGGGGAACCUGCCGUUCAACACGGUGCAGGGAGACAUCGACGUCAUCUUCAAAGACCUCAGCAUCCGCAGCGUCCGAUUGGUCCGAGACAAAGAGACAGACAAGUUCAAAGGUUUCUGUUAUGUGGAGUUUGAAGAUUUGGAAUCUCUAAAGGAAGCUUUGACGUACGACGGCGCUUUGCUAGAUCAAAGGUCACUGAGGGUGGACAUCGCGGAGGGGCGAAGGCAAGAGCGAGGAGGACCGGGAGGAGGCGGCUUCGGCUUCAGGAAAGAUGACGCUAGAGGACGAGGAGGCUCUCGAGGAGCUCCCAGAGGAGGAGGACGCGACUCCCGCGAGGACUUCGACCAGCCAGGAGGAGGUGCGGACAGAGAAUUCGGCAGCUCAGGUUUUAGAGAUGACGACUACAUGGGAGGGCGGAGUCGAGGCGGCGGCGGUGGCGGCGGUCGCCCCGGUGACAGAAGGGGAGGAGGUGUGGGAGUCGGGGGUCGAUUCAGAGACGGACCCCCCCGAGGAGGAGCGACAGACUUCAGGGAACCGUCUGAAGAGGAGCGUGCACAGCGGCCUCGGCUGCAGCUGAAGCCCCGGACCGUUUCUGAGCCGCUCAACCAGGUCGCCAACCCGAACUCCGCCAUCUUCGGUGGAGCGAAGCCGCGAGAGGAGUCCUGAGUCAUUUAAAUCAGCAACCACAUACUCCUGACCAGACGGUGGCGCUAACACAUCGUGUCCCCCCCAACAGAAAAGAAGAAAUUUAAAGGUUUUUGUGCUGUUUUUUUUUUUCUUUUGUAAUUUCAGUUCAUGUAGAAGCCGACUGCCACCCUCUCUUUUUUUGUAAAACUGAUGAAACUGCAAAGUCGAAAUAAUCAUCGUACAAUGAAGUCAUCAUUUCUGUUUUGUAACUUUAACUUUUGCAUAAUAUUUAAGAUGAACGGGUGAGUUAACCUGGUGUCAGGUGUCAGUGUGGAUCAGGAUCGGGUGUGUAGAGGAUCAGGAGGACAGGAUUUAGACCUUCAGUCGGUGGUCGGUUUCGGUCUGCGUCGCUUUCAGAACGUUUGUGUCGCUGAUAAACAGUUUUAUUUGCUUUACUGUACUGUAGAAUAAAAACGGCUGUUUUAACUA